AUGGAUCGGAUAAUGUUGCUCCGUGCCAUGUGCACUGUUCUAAUCCAAGAGGAGCUACAAAACCAGCACCAACGUCGCCGGCAUGUGUGGUACCUCAGGCUCAUCAGAGCCAGUCACAUCCAGAGUAGAACCAUAUACUGCAGGAUCAACCUGAGUGUUCCCGUCCUGGACUGUUUCUACAACCAGGAGGACACGAGGCCCGAUUUUCGGCUAAGCAGGGAGUCCUUGGCAGUGUUGCUAAAUCUCCUGGACCAGGAUCGGCGCCAUGGUUGGGGUGCCACAAUUGAGAUCCUGGUAUUCACAUUCUGGUUGGCAAGUGGAGCAUCCUACAGGCUGGUGUCAAGAGUGUUUGGGAUGCCUCGUUCCACUGUCCACACCAUUGUCCACCGUGUCACUGAAGAAGUGGUGGCCAUUCGCCACCAGGUCAUCCACCUUCCAAAGACACCAGAGGACCUGGAGGCAGUGUCCCGUGGGUUUGCAGGGCUGGCACGUCACAGAGCCUUCCUGAAAGCGGCAGUCUGUGACCAUCAGGGCUGCUUCAUCGACACCUACGUGGGCUGGCCUGGUUCGGUGCACGAUGCCAGGGUGCUCCGCCACAGCCCACUGUACAGACAGUCGGUCUACCCUCCUCCAGGACAUUUCAUCCUCGCAGAUGGGGGGUACCCAUGCCUCCAACGUCCACUCCCCCUCAUCACACCCUACAAGAGGCCAGUCCGAGGUGUAGGAGCCCAGCGCUUCAACAGCCACCAUUCCAGGGCACACUCCAUCAUAGAGCGUGCUGCCGGUGACAUCGUGGCCCCAGUGGAUGAGCCUGAGGACGAUGGUGCAGAGGAUGGGGAGGGGGAGGCUGGGUUGGAGGCAGUCAGUGGUGCUCUUUGGUGGGACCAACUGUCAUCUGAGGUGUCAGCCCUGGAGGAGGUACCACCAGACCACGACUACUGUUAA